AUAACGGCAACACUUUUGCGGGCCUUGUCGAGGACGAAAUCGUGCGAGGAUUCGUAUCAAAAGGUGAAAAAGAAACUUGUUAGGAAGUGCAAGUGCUCGCGGAGUGUCCGAAAGAAAAACCCUAUAAGUUUUAGAGAUUGGGUGCAGCUUGUGAGUGAAUCCCCGCAAUGGUGCACCGUGGGUGCUGCUUUCAAGAACCUAUCGUUCUGAAGGCGACGCCGUGUCCCGAAGAAUAAAUGAGCCAGUGGAAAGUGUUGCAUUCUAUGCGGUACUAAUUUAAUGGCCGUAUUCGAUGAUAGCAGCAACAGCAGCAGUGGCAGCAACUAUAUUUGCAAAUUGAAGAUCAGCAAUGGUAGCAGUGUUGUUGGCGGAGGUAGCAAUAUUUUCAACACCGGCUCAGCAGCAAAAGAGGCAAAAAUUCCCAGCCUGUUUCUGUACGAGGCCACCGUGGCGACCCUAUCGUGUCAAAUGUCAGCCGAAACAGACGACACGGAUGACGAGCAACAGCAGGCGCUCGAUCCAUACUCACAGCUCGAGGAAGACCUGCGGAACAUCAAAUCCGUGAUUCACGUCACUCGUGAAAAUAUCGAUGCGCUCAAUGCCAAGUUCGCUGAUUUUCAGCAGCCACCGGCCCUCUACUUGGAGGAAUAUCAGGAGCUGACCUCGAAAUUGCACGACCUCGAAACCAAGGAGCAAGAGCUAAUUGAGCGGAAACAGCAGAUGCAGAUACAACAACAGCAGCAGCAGCAAAGCGAGAGGGAAUCGACGAGUGAACCGAGUGAGCCGCCGGAUCCGGAGGAACGUGUUGAGGUUGACAGUAUGUGUGGAACAUUGAGCCGAACGUCUAAGAUGCUCUUACGAGCGCAUUUGCCUAACCAACAGAGAACUUCAGUUCAGGUGGUGCCGGGAAUGCGACUGAAAGAUGCUCUAGCAAAAGCACUAAAGCGUCGUAAUUUGACCUGUGACAUAUGUGAAGUCACAUCGGCCAAUAGCGAUUAUCCUAUACCGUGGGACACGGAUGUUUGUGCGUUGCAUUGUGAGGAGGUUUUUGUUCGCAUACUGGAUAUUGGCUUUCCAACGUACAUCUCCCAUCAGUUCAUAAGGAAGACGUUCUUUUCGUUGGCAUUUUGUGAAUGCUGUCGUAGGUUACUGUUUACUGGAUUCUACUGUAAUCAGUGCAACUAUCGGUUCCAUCAGCGAUGCGUUGACAAGGUGCCACCAAUCUGCAGCAAACGGCACAUGGAUAAUACGAUGUAUCAUCAUUUGCUCGCCAACCCGGAGAGCACAGUUGGAAUAAUUAAUCCUGGUACUGGUGGCUAUGGCACCAGUCUGCGUCAUCCGCGCUCACUCAAUCAACAAGAUCGGUCUAAUUCGGCACCGAAUGUGUGUAUAAACAAUGUGAUGAAACCGCUGUUCGGGGUUGAUAACCGGGCGCUGAUUAACUGCAGACCACUGCAGGCACAACCAAACCAGGAACACUCACAUUCCACUCAAGCAUCACCGACGAACACGUUGAAGCACAGUAAACGACCUAGAGCAAGGUCGGCCGAUGAAAGCAAUAAAAAUCUGCUGUCACCACGGGAUUCAAAGCAAUCGGAGGAGAAUUGGAACAUACAAGCGGAGGAAAUCCUAAUCGGUCAGCGCAUCGGAUCCGGUUCGUUCGGAACGGUGUACAAAGCCCACUGGCACGGUCCGGUUGCGGUUAAGACGCUGAACGUCAAGACACCCAGUUCGGCGCAACUGCAGGCCUUCAAGAACGAGGUGGGCAUGCUGAAGAAAACUCGUCAUUGUAAUAUACUGCUAUUCAUGGGUUGUGUAAGUAAGCCGUCGCUCGCAAUCGUCACUCAGUGGUGCGAGGGCAGUAGUCUGUACAAGCAUAUUCACGUUAAUGAGACAAAGUUCAAGUUGAACACGCUGAUCGACAUCUCCCGCCAGGCGGCCCAAGGGAUGGACUAUUUGCAUGCCAAAAAUAUUAUCCAUCGGGAUUUAAAAUCGAACAACAUCUUCUUGCAUGAUGAUUUCUCGGUGAAAAUAGGAGAUUUCGGUCUAGCCACUGCCAAAGUGCGGUGGUCGGGAUCUCAACAGUCCAAUCAACCUACGGGAAGUAUUCUGUGGAUGGCGCCGGAGGUAAUUCGUAUGAAGGAACAGAAUCCUUAUUCGUUCCAAAGUGAUGUUUACGCGUUCGGUAUUGUAUUGUAUGAAAUGUUAACCGAACAGCUUCCUUACAGUCACAUAAAUAAUAAGGAUCAGAUUUUAUUCAUGGUCGGGUGUGGUAAAUUACGACCCGACUUGACAAAGGUUCGCUCAGACUGUCCGCAAGCACUCAAGCGUUGUGUAGAGGACUGCAUCAAGUUUACCCGUGAAGAGCGGCCGCUAUUCCGUCUGUUGCUGAACAUGCUCGAAAAUAUGCUCCGAACGCUACCGAAGUUUCAUCGCAGUGCCAGCGAGCCAAAUUUUACCCAAACGCAGCUUCAAAAUGACGAUUUUCUGUAUCUGUGUUCGAGUCCCAAAACACCGGUAAAUUUCCAUAACUUUCAAUUUUACAACGGUGUCGGUAAUAUUUAGCAUGUUCGAAGCGCUCCACCGCCUUGCGGGGCAUAAUUGACUAGAUAUUGCGGCAGUUUUUCGGACAUUUGUUGGGCUCUAGUUAUUGACUAUGAUUAUUCCGGACCACCCUGAUACGGUAGAUACGGGACUUAAUUAGGGUACGAAUUGUGCUCGCUUUCAGAGUGAUGUCAUGUAGGGUGAGGUUGAAUGAGAUAAAUGGGUAUGCAGUAGAAGGUGUAAAUAAAGCGCAAACCACGCGUGGGCAUGAUUAGACAGUUUACCUUACAAGACAAAGUGUGAACAAUUGGAUAAAGAAAAGUUCUUGUGUUGAGCCGAGGAUGGAAAAAAUGUUUACUUCAUAAAGUGCAACGUAUCAUCACACUAAAUUGCAAACCUUAGGUCACAUUUUUGGGCUGAUAUUGUUUUUGUCAUUGUGUAUGUUUAUUUUUGUGUUGAUGAUUUUAUUUAGGUUUUAGUAGAUAAUUUGGAAACAAGUAACCUGUCGACGAUUUCAUUAGUUUUAGUUAAAACUUUUACGUUAGUUUGUUUGCAGCUCCACUUUUUCGUAUUUGCUCAAGCUUGCUUUUGUUUAAUUUCAUAUAUAUUUUUUUUUAAUUUUGUAUUUUGAUUUUUUGCGGUAAGCGUUUAAGCUGGAGUUUUCACAAAACAACAGUUUUUUAAACUUAUCUAUUAAAGAUAAGGCAACUGCGAUUUUAAAGAUUGUUGACGUUAUCACACAUUAGUUUUAAUGUGUGCUUUUACUCGGUAGACGCGCUGUUUGAUUUUUGUUAAAUUUGCCACAUUUGUCUCGUCCUGCCUGGAUACUGAUUGAGAUUUUUUUUUGGGAAAAACAGUUUUUUAUUAGUGUACUAUUAUAAGAGAGUGAAAAUAACAUCUUGCGAAGUCUUGUUAUAAGAAGCAGAAUUCUGAGGGCCCGUCAUGGAUGUUCUGAAAUUCACAUGAGCAGCUAAAGAAAAGUUAUCACAAAGCAUACUUCACAAAGCAAUGCAAUGCUGUAAACUAUAAAAAGGAUCAAUUACGAAGCAUUCCAUAGAUAAAAUGGUAAUCUUACAAACGUUCGACUAUUUUGAAUGACGAUGGCCAUUGAACAAAAUUACUUUUUGAUAUGCUUUACUCUUUCGCUAUGAUGCUUGCUUUGCCUUUGACUAAAAAAAUCUCCAAAGCGACAUUCCAAUACCUGGAGAAUUGAACUACAAGUUGGAAGUAGUCUCUGCAUUUCUUACUAAUUUGCGUCUGCCGUUAUUCUAUGUUGACUGGCAAAACCUUAAUGUGUUUUCUGAUUUGUGUGCUUUCGUUUGAAGGUUUAGGACUUAAAAAUACAAAUAGUGUAGUUGUUGAGUUGCUUCUGAUUCACAGUUAAAGUUCUGGUAGAAACAAUUCAAUUGAUCACUGAACCUCGCUGUCUCAGGUUGGAAUUCCAGCACCGUUUUACGUAUUACUUUGGUUUAUUUUGUAUCUAGUUUCGGGGUCCCAAUAUUUUAGAUCAUUUAGGGCCGAUAAAUAAUAUAACUUUUUGCAUUAAUCACCGCUGCGGUAAAGUAGCGGGAUUUAUCUUAUGCGAAUGGACUUAUCGUCAUCAUGGUUGAACAUACGGAAAGCGAAAAAUACAUAUGGAUACUGGUAAACAGUGUAAAGCAAAAGCAAGCAACCUGACUAAAUGAGCAAACAGAAACAGAUAAAGGUUAAUAAAAAUCAAGAGAUUUACAUUUAUGUGUGUAAAUAAUGUUAAGUACAUAUUUAAGCUCGCAAGUAUUUGAUCACCAGUGUGGUAAAGGAGAAAUGAAAUGUGAGAAAAGAUUAGGGACAGGAACCAUAAUAAACCGACAAAGAAAAUUGUAAUUCAAUAAUUGCUCACGGGGUAAUCCGGAAGACCAGAAGUGAGUGACUCAAAAAAUACGACUAUUAAGGAUUGGAAUAUUGUGGAGGUAAGCAGCAAUGAAAAACCAAAAUCUUUCCGAAGUUAUGAAUUGGCAGGAGUCAUUAGGGUCGCAGCGAUGAUAAGGGUGGAUGAAAAGAAAAAUAUCACAUUUAUAAAUACCUACAAAAAAAAAAAAAACAUGCAACUAUCGCAUCUAUGGGAUCGCAAAGUUAAAAAAACAUAUGGAGUCGAAGUGAUUGAAAUUCUGAACAGAAAGUUAAGCAAAACUAAAACAAAACUAUAAAUUAAAACAGAACGUGAUAGCUGAAACAAUGCUAAGCGGUGAAACAAUUAGCUAACUGUACACAGUUAUAAUGCAAGAUAACUUUUUCCUUUUAUCUAAAAAUAAUAAAUUAUAAAUAAUUGAAA